UUUCAAGGUUAUUAACAUUACAUUUUUUAACUUUUCCCAUAAAGUCCCUCCCCUUCUGAUAAGCUAUAAAAUGGGCGCUCCACCAGGCAAGUUAUCUCAUUCACCUUCUGAUCAAAAAUGGAUCUACAGAUCUCAGUUUUUCUUCUGUUCGUUCUUUUCCCUGCAGGUAAAAAGACAUAUAGCUUGACUGACUGAUAUUUAUUUAUAAAUAGAUAAUCAAUGUUUCUCUUCCACUGUCUCCCUCUCUUAUUACUAAAGGACACUCUCUCAUCUGUUAUGAGUGCAGCAGAGGUAAUGGUCCUAUGAAUGUUUCUAGUUUAGAUCAAGAGGUUAACACAUGCCCCACGAAAUAUUCCAAGUGCAUGAGUGCCACAGUAGUACAGGAAGUUGAGGGCAUUACUACUAUGUCAAGGGGUAAAGGCUGUUCUGCUGACUGUCGUAGUGGUUCCCAAAAUGUUGGCUUUCUAAGGAAUGUCAUAAAAUGCUGUGACACAGACCUGUGUAACAUCCAAUAUACUCCAGAUCCCAGAACUAUGGUUCCUAAUGGAAAGAAAUGUUACUAUUGUGAUGAGAAGAGCUGCUCAAACAUAUUGAGCUGUUCAGGAAGUGAAGACGGCUGCUUUACAAUAACACCUAAGAAUCUGAAGGAAAAAGAACUUUCAAAGAACUCCCGAGGCCAGCCAUUGGUUGUAAAAGGCUGUAUCUCUAAAGAAAUCUGUCGUUCAAUGGUUAGCAAUGUGGAGGUCAUCUCAUGUUGCUCAGGGAAUCUGUGUAAUGGUGUUCAGAGCGUCUCUCAGAGCUUCCUGUUCCUCUGCUGUUCUCUGCUCUCCUUCAUCCUGCUGCACUGAAUCCAGCAGAUCUACAGCAGAGACAAACCAUGAUGCAGUUCACAAACAUAAACAUUUUGUAUUUUCUCUGUAUUAUCUUUGGAGACUUAAUGUGAUGAAUUGAAAC